UUUACUCUUCACCAAAAGCAGUGUUAGCAAUCACCUUCUACUCUUCAUCAUGCAGAGGUUCAUCCACGUUCUCUUCUUCACCCUAAUCUUUCUCUUCAACAUUUCAGUGCCCAGGCCUUGGGCUUCAGCAGUCACAGUAACACUCAGCAACAACUGUCCUCAUCCGGUCUGGCCCGGGAUCCAGCCCAAUGCAGGAAAGCCCAUUGUGGCCCAGGGUGGCUUAUUCCUCGCUCCUUACCAGACCCAGAGCCUCCAAAUCCCCCCACAAUGGAAAGGCCGAGUUUGGCCCCGUCACGGCUGCAACUUUAAUGCCGCGGGCCAUGGCCAAUGUCUUACCGGAGACUGCGGUGGAAAUCUCUACUGCAACGGGCUUGGCGGCACCGCGCCUGUCACCCUCGCUGAAUUCUCCAUUGGCAGCACUGACCUAGAUUUUUAUGACAUUAGUUUCGUGGAUGGUUUCAACCUCCCCAUGACCAUGAUCCCAGUCAAAGGCUCGGGCCCAGGCUCAGACCCGAGAAAGUGCAGGCCUGCUGGCUGUAUAAAGGAUGUCAAUACCGUGUGUCCAGCGGAGCUGCAGGUGAGGUCACAGGAUAACAAGCGCGUGGUGGCCUGUAAGAGUGCAUGCACGGCCUUUCAUUCGCCAAACUACUGUUGCACAGGCGCCUAUGGAAACCCACAGAAAUGUGGGCCCACCAGAUAUUCUAGAAUCUUCAAGAAUGCUUGUCCCAAUGCUUACUCCUAUGCCUAUGAUGACCCUACUGCUCUUAUUACUUGUUCCAAUGUUAAUUAUCUGAUUACUUUCUGCCCUAAUUAAUUGUACUGGCUAAUUCAACAAUAACUUUUAUUUAUGGAAUAAUGUGAUUUA